CCUCUUCCUAUCCCGACCUCGUUCCGGUCUCUGCCCUCUUCUCUCCCCGUUGCCCGCCGCCCCGACCAGAGCCCUUCCCUUCCUCCCCCUCCCUUCGCUUGUCGCCUGGGAGUAGUGGGAGGCGGGGCUAUGGAGACGGCGUAUUUCGGUGGGGAGCCGUCAGCACUGAAAGAUGAUUCUCAUGUAUUAUUUGUAUUUGGGCAUGAUUAACUGAGUAUGAAAUACCUAAGUUUCUCAUCAAGUCUGAAAAGCAUACAGAAAUCGAAAGAAAAUUGACACCCAUCUUUUAAAAUGUUGAGCAAUGAUGAUGGUGGAGCUACACCAGUACAGGAUGAGCAUGACUCAGGAUCAGACAUGGAAGAUAACGGAAAUGAGCAACACUCUGGCUCAGAGAAUGGAAGCAUAGGACAGCAUUCAGAGAAUGAACUUAGUGAUGGUGAAGACGAUGGACAUCCUAGAGAAAAUCCUGUGACAGACUCUGAGAAUGAAGAUACUCCAAGGCAAAAGCAUAGUGAUUCAGAAAAUGAGGAUGCCCUAAACCAUCAUGCCAGUGACUCAGAAAAUGAAGGGGCUCCCGAAGACAAAGACAGUGAUUCUGACAAUGAGGAUCACCCAGUGCAGCAUGCCAGUGACUCUGAGAACGAGGAGGCUGUAAAUAAUCAGGCCAGUGAUUCUGAGACUGAGGAGCCUCCUAAAGACCAUGAUAGUGAUUCUGAGAAUGAGGAACCUCAGAAGCACUUGGGCAGUGAUUCUGAAAAUGAAGGGUCUCACAAAGGUCACACAAGUGACUUAGAAAAUGAGGAGCCAAGGAAACCUCCAGCCAGUGAUUCGGAAAAUGAAGAGCCUGAAAAAAAUAAUGAUACUGACUCAGAGAAUGAAACAGCUCCAAAACCUCUUCCCAGUGAUUCUGAAAAUGAGGGCCCAAAGAUUGAAGCUAGUGACUCUGAAACUGAAGAUAGUCCCGGAAACAAACCCAAAGCAGAGUCAGACACCAACAGCGGAGAAAAUAAGAAAGAGGAGGAAGCAGAUAAUGGUACUCAGCUCUCAGAUAGUGAUCAACCAGAAAAAAGACUACAUGGCUCGGACAGUGAGGAGGAAGACCAUUCAAAAAGACGGAAAAUAGCUGACAGUGAAGAGGAAGAAGGGGAAAAGUCUGCAAAGAGGAGAGCUGCUGUUCUCUCUGACAGUGAGGAUGAUGAGAAAACACCUGCAAAAAAAGGACGCAUAAUCUCAGAUGGUGAGGAAUCAGAUAGUGAUGUUGCGACUGAGAAACCAAAGAAACCUAUAGCUUCAGAUAGCGAGGAAGAUGAUGACAAGGCUGAUGAUGCAAAGAAGAAGGAAGAGAAGGAUCUCUUUGGGAGUGAUAGUGAAUCAGGAAACGAGCAAGAAAACCUCAUUGCAGAUAUAUUUGGAGAAUCUGGAGAUGAAGAGGAGGAGGAGUUUACAGGAUUUAAUCAAGAAGAUUUGGAGGAAGAAAAGGUAGAAAGGAAAGAAGCAGCAGAAAAUUCAGACUCUGAUGACAGCAAUAUCAAAAGAGGAAAACAUAUGGACUUCAUGUCAGAUUUUGACAUGAUGUUACAGCGAAAGAAGAGCAUGAGUGGCAAGCGCCGGCGCAACCGUGAUGGUGGGACAUUCAUUAGUGAUGCUGACGAUGUUGUCAGUGCAAUGAUUGUCAAGAUGAAUGAAGCAGCAGAGGAAGACAGACAGCUCAAUACACAGAAGAAGCCAGCCCUAAAAAAGUUAACUUUGCUUCCAACUGUGGUUAUGCAUCUUAAAAAGCAGGAUCUUAAGGAAACUUUCAUUGACAGUGGGGUGAUGUCUGCCAUUAAAGAGUGGCUUUCUCCACUACCAGACCGGAGCCUUCCAGCACUGAAGAUCCGAGAGGAGCUCCUGAAGAUUCUGCAGGAGUUGCCUAGUGUGAGCCAAGAAACCUUAAAGCACAGUGGGAUUGGACGGGCAGUUAUGUAUCUUUACAAGCACCCUAAGGAGUCACGGCCUAAUAAGGACAUGGCAGGAAAACUAAUUAAUGAGUGGUCUCGGCCUAUUUUUGGUCUAACAUCAAAUUACAAGGGAAUGACUAGAGAAGAAAGAGAACAGAGAGAUCUGGAGCAGAUGCCACAGAGAAGGCGGUUGAGCAGUUCUGGUGGUCAGACGCCCCGCAGGGACUUAGAGAAGGUGUUGACAGGAGAGGAAAAAGCUCUUAGGCCUGGUGAUCCAGGAUUUUGUGCUCGUGCAAGAGUUCCAAUGCCCUCCAACAAGGAUUAUGUGGUGAGGCCAAAGUGGAAUGUGGAAAUGGAAUCUUCCAGGUUCCAGGGAAGCUCUAAGAAAGGAAUAAGCCGCUUGGACAAACAGAUGCGAAAGUUCACAGACAUCAGGAAAAAAAGCAGAACGUCCCAUGCUGUGAAAAUCAGCAUUGAAGGCAACAAAAUGCCUUUGUGACCCUCCCCAGAGUUAUCUUUGCAUUCUGCUGUAAGAAGUACACCUAUAGACUCUUGGAAUAUGUCUGCAUUUUUAAGAAAAUAAACUUUGGGUUUUUUAAGUGUCUGUUCAAAUUGUCGUUGCAGCUGGUUGUACUACAUGUUGACGGAGGGUUAUGAAUCCUGAAACAUUGUUCAUUACAAUUGUAUUUAACCCUGAUCUUGUGUGUCCUUUGUACAGAUGAAACCAACCUCAAACAUUAAAAUCUCUUUUGGAUGUGU